GUCAUUUGCUCAUUCACAAGCACAACAUCUGCGCAGUUUCCAUGACUCAUUCGUCAAUUUCCAUCAGCUCCAAGUGGCCGUCAACAUGGCAGACAAAAACAUAUCUCCCAAACGCACGCGUGUAAAAAUCAACGUUGGAGGUACAGUUUUUGAGACCUACCUUUCUACUCUCACAAAAGUGAAUGAUAGUGUGCUCUCCGCUAUGAUAGCCGAGGAAAUGCAAAAUGGGGAUGAACUGUUUAUAGACAGGAAUCCCCUCCUUUUUGCAAAAGUACUGGAUUAUCUAAGAGAUGAAGAGCGUUUUGUUCCUCCGCCUGAGGAUGAUGCCAGAGAAGCACUUCGGAGAGAAGCUGAGUUCUAUAAACUGCCCGAGCUCGUCAAAAAGUGUUUGCCCGAAGAAAUUCGUUUUGGUGAUGAUGUAAAAUGGAAGGAAAGCGCUAUCGAUUCGUAUUGGAAGGUUUUUGCCAUGGCUUUGGGCGGACCCAACUGCACAGUUUGUUCCGGAGAACUGGAGAAAUGUCUGUUUCCUAAAUUUCUGAAGUCGCGAGAUGGGACACUAAAGGAUGAGUAUUGCCUGCCACUGAAGCAUCAGAUGCGCCUCAUGAAAGGGGUAGUGUCAGCGGAACCUUUUGGGAAUGACUUUGGCUGUCUCGUCAAAUGGGAGCAUCCCUAUAAUCCGUACGUGAUGCACAUGCCAACGUGUGCAUUGCGUUUAGCGAAGUAAUACAUUCUUUUCUAUUUAACAUUGCUCGUGGUUUGAACUGAGCUUUGUAAACUCUAUGUGUGUUCGACCGCCCGAAAAACCCAAAUGCAUUUCGAUAAAUCAUGCUAAAGC